UUAUUUCCUUACAAUUCAUCAUUUCUUUGACGUCCCCACAUUAACACACUCUCUACAACUUUCUCGAAAACACUUAAAAAAAAAAUUCCAUCAUGGAAGGUCUUUGUGCUGAGCAACAUCAUCAUCACAAGUAUCAUCCCUCACACCAACUUUACCUCAACAAAAAAUCCCUUCGUGACAUUGACAUUCCCCCAAGAAAACUCCUUAGCCGCCGUUCAACUCUCUCAAUCGACCCUGAAAACAUGUUUAUGGACUCUCCUAAGUCUGUAGGGGCGGAGUCUGACACCCUUUUUCAGAAAUUCUUACCGUACAACAGCCUGGACGACGAUGAUGAUCCGUACUCGUCUGACCAUUUCCGUAUGUACGAGUUUAAAGUCAGACGUUGUACUCGUAGCAGGAGCCACGAUUGGACUGAUUGUCCUUUUGCACAUCCCGGUGAGAAGGCUCGUCGGAGAGACCCACGGAGGUUUCAUUAUUCUGGUACGGUUUGUUCUGAGUUUCGUAAGGGGAAUUGUAGCCGUGGUGAUAAUUGUGAGUUUGCGCACGGGGUUUUCGAAUGUUGGCUACACCCAACUAGGUACAGAACUGAAGCAUGCAAAGAUGGGAAAAACUGCAAAAGGAAGGUUUGUUUCUUUGCACAUACUCCAAGACAACUUCGUGUUCUGCCACCUAGUUGUCAUGAAAGUAGUUGUUCACCAAGAAACUCGAAUACUUCCCCUCUUGAGAAGAAGUACAGGAAUUGGAACCAUUGUUGUGUUUAUUGCCAUUCUGUUUCUGCUUCCCCUACAUCUACUUUGAUCGGCAUGUCACAUAUGUCGCCGCCUAUGUCGCCAUCACUUUCACCACCACUUUCCCCUGCAAAUAGAACUCAAUUUUCAUCACCUAUGUCGCGUUACACCGAUCGUUUUGGGAGUGUUGAAAUGGGCCAGCUUGAUCCAGCUGGGCUGAUGAGUUAUAAAGAUGCACUUACUGAAUUGGUUAGUUCUUUGGAAGCUAUGAAUGUGAAUGAAGUACCAAAUUCUUCUUCUUCAGGAGGUGUUGUGGCUUCUCAUUCUGGUAAUUUUGAUGGGAAUUUGAAUUUACCAUGGUUGGAUGUGAAUUUUAAUAACAGUAACAGUUAUGAUGAUCAGCAACAGUUCCUUCUUUCUCCUUCAACUCCAAUGUCCCCAAGUCCAGUUUCUAGUUCAAGAACCAAGUUUUACACAAGGGAAUUUCCAUCUCCUAGUCCUGUUUCUAACUCAAGGUUGAGCUUUGGAGAAGAAGCCAAUAAUAAUGGUGCAAACAAAUACUACAAUGACAAUGGAUUAGGUGGACCAGAUCUUGGUUGGGUCAAUGAUCUCUUGACCUAAAAAUUAUGGAACUUAUGGGCCAUUGAUGGAGCGGAGUUUUAAUUUGUGGUCCUGUUUGAUUGAUGAUGAUGAAUAAUUAUUCAAGAUUUGAAGACGAAGAAGAUUUUUGUACAUACAAGUUCAAGAAAGUACUGUUUAUUUUGCUAGCUGCUACUGCACCAUCCAUAUAUAAUCAAGACUUUGUAUAUAUGAGAUGGAUGAGGAGGAGGAUGUGUGGCUGUUUUUACUAAUUCGAAAGCUUAUUACAUUUUUUUUUUUUUUGCCUUAUUUAAUCAAUGUAAGAUUUCUGGGUUGUUGAUUAUGAAGAUGUAACUUUCAAUUUCAAUUUCUAUCUUGUUGAAGGGGUGAGAGUUGUGAGUCUAUUGUGUUAUAUUCAAGUUCAAUGUGAACCCAUUAAUGUUA